GCGAGUUUGAUAGCACGCACUUUUUCGCGCUCCACAUCUGAAACUCAAGGUGCUACCUACUUAGUCACUAACUUUACGUAUACUUCAGUUAAGUGUAGAUUUCAUUUGGAAGUCUUUAUUACUGCAGUGAAUCGAAAAAACUGAUACAAUCUGGAUAUAAUUCGUGGACCACAGGAUUUUUAUUUUGUCGUUAUAACGGAGACGCUCCUGUGGCUGUGUUCAAAAAGUGUUGAAUAUAUUUUCGAGUGUUGAUACAACGUCGCUACAACGAACCCUCCUGAAACAACGGAGACAACGCGAAUUCGGAUCGUUUGGAAUAUCCAGCCCCAACCCAUUGGAAUACCCAGAACUUUCCCUGAGCACAGUGACCUGCCGAGCCUCUCUUCUUCACUGCCAAAUUAUCACCCGCACCACACUUGCUUGACCCUAGGUGACCGCGGAUCGUAUUUCCGGGUCAGUGCCACGGAGACUAGUGCACGACCAAGUCCUGCAGAACCUGACUCGGAAGCCCCGGGCGUUCGGGAACCCGCGUGGCCCUGCUGACCAGUGGUGCCUCAGGUCACACACGGUGACAGCUCUUCCGGUGUGACUUAUAAAACCAGGAGAGCUCGUGGAUCGUGAGAAUAGUGGAGUGGAUAAGGUUGUACAAGUGUAGUGGCAUGUGGACGUAGAGGUGACGCGCCCCUUGCCUCCACCGCGCGCCUGCGACACCAUGGCAGGAGUGACCACUAUGUACGCGCCAUCCUACACAGAUUCCAUCAAACUCUGGAACUUCGCAGGUGUCUUCAACUACCUCUCAGCUGAGAACAACGGAAGUGACACAGGUGUAAGCCCACAAACACCAACAGACGAAGCCGCCACGCCCACCAACGCCCCCAUCAGUCCGCCCACAUCCAGUCUCACGCCCAAUUCUGAAGCCGCCCUGGGUGAUGACUCUGACUAUUUGACCGGCGCUAACGUGUCGUGUUCUGUGUGCCACAAGAAGUUCGCCAACAUCCACCGCCUCCAAAGACACAUGAUUUCGCACCAGGAGUCAGAUGUUCUCCGGAGGUUCAAGUGCGAUGAGUGUGGGAAGGCCUUUAAGUUCAAGCACCACCUCAAGGAGCACAAGAGGAUUCACAGUGGAGAAAAGCCCUUCGAGUGCGAGCACUGCGGCAAGCGGUUCUCCCACUCAGGCUCUUACUCCUCUCACAUGUCCUCUAAGAAAUGCCAGCUGGGACGUAGUAGGACCAACGGGGUCAUGCCACGUCCGCCCCCACAGUUCCCUGGAUCCAACAACAAGCGUCCAGCCCUCAACGGUUCCUACUUGCCCAUCCUGCCGAAGGACAAGUCCCCGACCCCUUCUACUGACCUAGGGUACUCGUCUCCCACACGACCAAUCUCCAGGGACUCCCUCCUCAUGUCCCCUCCGUCGUUGGUGUCCCCUGGGAGCCUCAGCAGCUCCAGUAUGACUCCGGUGCUUAACCAGGGCUUCCCCCAGUGCCUGUCUCAGGGGCUUCAGGGUAACCUCCACCAGGGACUCUCACCCUACCACCCGCUGAACCCCCUCAUCCUGGCGGCUCAGCUCCACCCUCAGUAUUCGUCCUUCCUGUCCCUGACCAUGACGCAGGCGGCGCUCAACAAGGCCCAGCAGGAAGGAGGCGCAGAGGAGAAGGACCACAGCGAGGACGCCCCUCAGGAGGACGUCGACGACGAAGACCGAGAGCCCGGCGAACUAGUCAUCAAGGAAGAAACGAAGGAGGAGGAGGAGGACAGGAGCCACCUCGAGAAGGAGCGCGGGAACGAGGAACGCGAGGAGGCGGCCAACAACAACGAGAAGGAGGGCAUGUCCACCCUCAAGAAGAUGCUAGAGAGCGUAAACACUACAGUCACAAAGCAGCAGUUCGAGGAGAAGGUGUCGUCCGCCACCCCAGGCUCCCUCUUGAGCAACUCGCCCAUCACGGACGACCUGUCGUGCGAACUCUGCGGCAUAGCUUUCAAGAGCUGCAUCGACGCCUUGUACCACGCCCGCGGACAGUGCCCACGCCUGCCCGAGGUCAACGCCGCCACCGAGCACUACAAGGGGCGCAUUAUCGAAGGCUUAGCAGCACGCUUGUUAGCGGGGAACCAGCAUCAUCGGCAUCUUCAGCAGAGUCACUACCCGAUGCACCCAGCCCAGUCCCUGUACCCGCACAGCCGCGGCGGCCAUGGCAGGGAGGAGGAGGCGGAGGGCGACUCCAGCCACGUUGUCGACGACGAAGAGACAACCAGCGACGGCAAGAAGGUCCGCGUCCGUUCUCACAUUCGCGAGGAGCAGCUGGUCGUCCUGCGCGCCCAUUAUGCAGUCAACCCGCGCCCCAAGAAGGAAGAGCUGAUUACAAUCGCAGAGAAGAUCAACUUCCCCGUGCGCGUCGUACAGGUGUGGUUCCAGAACGCCCGCGCCCGCGACAGGCGUGAAGGCCGCUCCAUCACCCCCACGCCCACCUCCUAUUCGCAGCCCAGUUACAGCACCAGUUACUCGACGCCUAGUUACACCACAUCAAGCUACACCUCCACGAGUUACGCUCCCACGAGUUACGUCGCCCCUACCUCCCAGGCCAACAGCAAAUCCAUCAGCAUCAGCCCCUACUACCCGUCCUUGCUGGCACCGAGUCUAGUGUACCCGCUGAACGGUCGCGCCUCGCCCACCCCCGGGGACGGCGCCGACGACCUCGACGACGACCAGCCGCUCGACCUCUCCACCAAGAAGUCGUCCCCCUCGGCGUCGCCCAAGCCAGCCUCCGUCUUCUCGGACUCCGACGCAGACUCGACGUCUCUGGCCAUCUCGUACAAGUCGGAGUCCCGCACGCCCACGCCCAAUUCCCUUAACAAUAAUAUCGCCGAUUCGAAGGAGUCGAGCGGCCUCAGCGUGGCGGGAUAUCCCUCCCUCAUCUCGGAGCAGCACAGCAAGCUGGCCCAGAUCCUCCAGGGGGCGAAGCUCGGCUUGCCGGCGCUGUACCCCGACCACCUGGAGAACAGCGAGAAGCGACCAAGGGAAGAUGAUGACUGUGACGACGAAGCUCGCAAGCGGCGACGCGACGAGGAGGGCGGAGUGUUUCAGUGCGACCAGUGUGACAAGUCCUUCAACAAGCAGUCGUCCCUCGCCCGGCACAAGUAUGAACACUCAGGUAAACGCCCCUUCAAGUGUGACUUGUGCCCCAAAGCGUUCAAGCACAAGCAUCAUCUCACCGAACACAGCCGGCUACACACCGGCGAAAAACCUUUCCAGUGCGACAAGUGUCUGAAGCGGUUCUCACACUCAGGCUCCUACUCCCAACACAGGAAUCACCGGUACUCGUACUGCAAACCCUACCGCCCCGACGGCGCCGCCCCGCACUCCGAGUCGUCCACCCCGGUCCCCUCGCCAUCCGACAGUGGCGCCGGGGCCGUCGCUACAUCGGAGGGCGUGUCGGUCAUCGUCACAGCCUCCGCCGACUCCCUCCCCGCAGUCCGGGUCGCGACGCCCCUCAGCUCGCCCGCGGACGAGGCUUCGGUGGGGAGUCCCCCGGCCUCGCCCCCGGAGGCCCUCGAGGCCUCCGCCCCCUCAGUGAAAGAGGAGGUCGUGGCGUAGAUCGCGGUGAAACUUUUAGCUAAGAAAGCAAUUCAAAUCAAGUGUCAAGUGAACCAAUGUGAUGCAAACAGUGUGCGACAACGAACAGAAUUUAUGAAAGUUUCCUCUAACACUGUAAAUCAAAAGGUGACAUGCAACGAGAUGUCAGUGUCUAUGAUCAAAAUGAGUGCUGAAAAAGUAUUUGAUGUUUUUGAUGCUUGACAUAUUGCAAAGAGGAUUUGCAUGUUUGGUGUGCAAUAUGUCAAGUAAUGUGCUCCUUACAUUGCUAGAGUUACAUGGACCUACUAUGCAGUGUUUCUUUGUUAUUUAAAAAAGGUUAUAAUUAUAUUUACUUUUGUAUAGGAUUAAUGUAAAUUCGCAUGUGCCAAUCACUUUUAUCUUCACUUACGAAAACUCUCACAGGGGUCCUUAUAGCUAGGGUCCUUUAUAUUUAGGAUCCCUCUGAAAUGUGGGUAUGGGACAGCUAAAUCUCUCAUGUCUCUCUUUCUCUCUUUCGUAUAGUUCCGUAGUCGUGUUAUGAUAGUAGGUGUUGAUUCAAGGCGGGUAAGGCCCUUCCACCUUAAGCCAGUACCUGUCAAAAUACUCAAGUAAAGAGAAUACUGAAUUAUGCGAUGUUUCAGUGCCACAUGGAGAAGCAGUGUUGCCAGAUUAUAUAUAUGUAUGUAAAGCUUCAUGUGCAUUUUUUUAUUGUUUCGAGAAUAUUAUGAAGGAAUUAUCGUUAUAUUAUUUGAAUUACAUGUUUAUUGGCAGUUUGCCAAAGACAAAAAAAAUGGAGGUUUCCUGUAAUGAAUUUAGUCCAGUUACACUCGGAAUGGGGGUACAACUGUAAGAGCACCAUUGGCAACACUGCGGUGUAGAAUACGAGCAGGUUCUCCAAUGAUAAAUCCACUGUCUUCCAUAAAUGUACUAGGAACCAUACACUCUUGCCCAGGUCGCUAGUGCUAGUGGAUUCCCCGUGCCUCGUGCCGUCAACUUCCCACGUGAACCAGACCAGCUAGUGCGACCCCCCAGUGCUGUCUUGGCCUGACGCAGAGCCCCUGUUUCUCGCUGUGUCACUUCAAGAUGUACUCACACACGACAGGUUCGCAGUGGCUGGUCUCGUCACCUCACUAGUCCAAAGUAAUCUCAACAUGUGCAAUCUCUCUAUUUUCUAGAUUUCCAAGGCAUGCCAUGUAGUCCUCUGAUUUUCUUCGACAUUUCUCGAGAAUUCUUUUGUGCCAUCUUACUUCGGAUGUUCAUGUACUGGCAGCAUGAUGCCGUGCCAUGGCUGCCUACUACAUCGAUAGUCAUAUUGCUAGUCUAAGUAGGUUUCUGUUGUCCCAUACUUGGCACUCAUUGUCACCUCCGUCUAUGUGAGCUUCUAAGAGCUAAUUUCUUCCUCGUACUUUCUUCAAAUGCCAAACGAAAUGCCAGUUUAACUUGGUUGUAAGCAACGAUUGUGCCAAAAUGAUUACUGGAGAUUUCUAAUAGGAUCUUGUUAGAGAUGUGGAUAACAUUUAGAAUUUUAUUUUUAUCAAGUAUACAUAUGCAAAUUUAUUUUGUAUAGAGACCGUACUUCACCACAAUAGUGUACCAGAGUGCUUCCAUAUCACCCUACGCCAGGUCCAUGGCUACUUCCUUGAGCCGGGCCCGUGGCAACAACCUUGAUUUGGCCCGUGGCUUUUCCCCUGAGGAAGCCGAUGGUAUUUCCCAGAGCCAGGCCUAAGGCUGCUUCCUUGAGCCGGGUCCGAGGCCGCUUUCCCGAGCCGGGCUUAAGGCUAUACACAGAGUAACGUCCAUGAUAGGUGACUAACUGGCAGCGUCGACCAAAGGCUCCCAGUCAAAGUCUUUCACCUCUUUAAUUCCUCCUUAGAUUCCGGCAAGGGCGCUGUGGGAGGGCCCCACACAGGAGACCUCAGACUGCCGUCUUUCACAUAGAGUUAGGGGCCCUCUCGUGGUGCCCGGACCAUCUGAAGAUCAUCCCUCUGUCAUGUGACCUUUUACUGGCCAAUAGCAUUC